UGAAGUUCCAGGAAUUAUAAAGGAAUUGGAAGUCAGCUUUAUAAAAGAAAACAUAAAGAUUCAGUUCAUUCCUUCCAGAUUCGACACACCAUCGCUAUCUGCUAGUAAAAUACUACUCCUACAAUAUACUAUCCAUCACUACUUCAGAGAGAGAGAGAGAGAGAGAGAGAGAGAGAGAAUGGCGAACCCACCGAAGCCAUGGAAGGCGGAAUAUGCGAAAUCAGGGAGAUCAUCUUGCAAAACAUGCAAGACCCCAAUCGACAAAGAGGUUCUCAGGCUCGGCAAGAUGGUUCAAUCCACCCAGUUCGACGGCUUCAUGCCUAUGUGGAACCAUGCUGACUGCAUACGCAAGAAAGCAAACCAGAUAAAAUCGCUUGAAGAUGUUGAAGGCAUAGAAUCGCUUCGAUGGGAAGAUCAACAGAAGAUAAGGAAUUAUGUAGAGGGUGGUGGACCUCAAAACCCCCCUCCUCCUGUUGUUAUGGAAUCUGGUAUUGAAGUUUCGCAGACUUCACGUGCCACUUGUCGGUGCUGCAACGAAAAGAUUAUGAAAGGACAGGUCCGGAUAUCCACCAAACCUGAUGGUCAAGGUGCUAGAGGCUUGGCAUGGCACCAUGCUAAUUGCUUCAUCGAGCUGUCUUCAACCACUCAAGUGGAGAAAUUGUCAGGAUGGGAUAGCCUCUCAGCUUCUGAUAAGGAGCCAAUUCUUACCCGGGUUAAUAAGAAGCAGGUUCCCUCUUCCAAAAGAGAUGACACAAAACCUGAGCUACAUCAGGAAGAAGUAUCUUUACAGCAAUCGACAUCAAAAGGUGGUGCAAAACGUAAAGAAGCUGUGAACAGCGAUCAAAAGUCCAAAAUUGCUAAGAGUGAAGAUGGUGCAUUGCAGAGAGGGAAGAAUGCCAACUUAUUGGGGGAUGAACACUCAAAAGCAUCUGAUUUGGAGAGCCGGCUAGAGGCCCAGAGUAGAGAACUAUGGGCUCUAAAAGACGAUCUUAAAAAGCAUGUGACAACGGUAGAGCUGCGAGAGAUGCUUGAAGACAAUGGGCAAUAUUCAGCAGGUUCAGAACUUGACUUGCGAGACCGCUGUGCUGAUGGAAUGCUUUUUGGAGCACUUAGACACUGCCCGCUUUGUUCUGGGAAUCUUAGUUAUUCUGGAGGCAUGUACAGAUGUCAUGGGUUUCUAUCAGCAUGGAGCAAGUGUUCAUACUCAACCUCUGAACCUGAACGUGUCAAAGGGAAGUGGAAAAUCCCUGCAGAAACAAGUAAUCAUUACCUCUGCAAGUGGUUUAAGUCGCAAAAGGCGAAGAAACCUUCUCGGAUAUUGCCUCCGCCUCUGCCUUCGCCCCUAAAGCCUUGUGGAAAUCAAGCUGUUAAUGGAAAACACCAGUCAUCGACCAGUGAAAAGUUGGAAGAUCUGAAAGUUUCUAUGGUUGGAUUACCCAAGGAAUCCAUGGAUGAAUGGAGGAGAAAAAUCGAGGGAUCAGGUGGGCAGUUUCAUUCAAAGAUCAAGAAAGACACAAACUGCCUAGUUGUGAGUGGAGUGAUGGAUGACAAACAUGCUGAGAUGAAGAAGGCCAGAAGGAUGAAGUUACCUGUAGUUAGAGAGGAUUAUUUGGUUGACUGUAUUAAUAGACAGAGGAAACUUCCUUUCGAUUUGUACAAAGUUGAGGCCAUUGGAGAAGCCUCUAGCAUGGUCACUGUUAAAGUGAAAGGGCGAAGUGCUGUACAUGAAUCAUCUGGCUUGCAAGAUUCUGGCCACAUCCUUGAGGAUGGAAAAAGCAUUUACAACACAACUUUGAACAUGUCUGACCUUUCCACCGGUAUUAACAGUUACUAUAUCCUUCAAAUCAUUCAAGAGGAUAAAGGUUCAGGUUGUUAUGUUUUCCGCAAAUGGGGUCGUGUUGGAAAUGAAAAAAUUGGAGGGAACAAGCUAGAGCAGAUGUCCAAACCAGAUGCGAUUCAAGAGUUCAAACGUCUCUUCCUUGAGAAAACUGGGAACUCAUGGGAAGCAUGGGAAGACAAGAGCAAUUUUCAGAAGCGACCUGGCAAAUUCUUUCCAUUGGACAUUGAUUAUGGGGUAAAUAAAGAGGUCUCUAGGAAGAAAAAUCUUAAUGAUGCCGGUAGCCAACUUGCUCGUCCAUUAGUAGAAUUGAUGAAGAUGCUCUUCAAUGUUGAAGCGUACAGAGCUGCGAUGAUGGAGUUUGAGAUCAAUAUGUCAGAAAUGCCACUAGGAAAACUGAGCAAAAGUAAUAUCCAGAAAGGUUUUGAGGCAUUAACAGAGAUACAGAAUCUUGUAAAUAGCAAUCUGCAUGAUCUUUCACAUAAAGAAAGCCUGAUUAUUGAUGCCAGCAAUCGCUUUUUCACUGUGAUUCCUUCUAUUCAUCCUCAUGUGAUUAGGGAUGAGGAUGAUUUUAAGUCAAAGGUGAAAAUGUUAGAGGCUCUCCAGGACAUUGAAAUAGCCUCCAGACUAGUAGGUUUUGAUGAUGACAAUACCGACUCCUUUGAUGAAAAUUAUAAGAAGCUUCGCUGUGACAUUGCUCCACUUCCUCACGAUAGCGAAGACUAUCGACUGGUUGAGAAGUAUCUCCAAACUACUCAUGCCCCUACACAUACUGAUUGGGCUCUUGAACUGGAAGAAGUUUUCUCAUUGGAAAGGGAAGGGGAAUUGGAUAAGUUUGCUCCCUAUCGAGAAAAGCUUGGGAACAGAAUGCUUCUAUGGCAUGGUUCUCGGUUGACAAAUUUUGUGGGUAUACUUAGUCAAGGACUGAGAAUAGCUCCUCCCGAAGCUCCAGCAACUGGAUACAUGUUUGGCAAGGGACUUUACUUUGCUGACCUGGUUAGUAAGAGUGCCCAGUACUGUUAUACUGAUAGGAAAGAUCCUGUGGGUUUAAUGGUUCUAAGUGAAGUUGCCUUGGGAGAGGUUUAUGAACUCACAAAUGCCAAGUAUAUGGACAAACCACCUCGAGGAAAACACUCUACUAAAGGCCUUGGCAAGAAGGUACCUCAGCAAUCAGACUAUGUUAAGUGGAGGGAUGGAGUUGUUGUGCCUUGUGGCAAGCCAGUGGAAUCGUACAGUAAGGCAUCCACAUUGAUGUAUAAUGAAUACAUCGUCUACGACACAGCUCAAGUGAAGAUGCAAUUUUUGUUGAAGGUGAGGUUUCAUUACAAGAGGUGAGAAGCUGCUGGUAAAUGUAUGUGUAUAACGCGUGGUAUUGAAUAGCUUUAUCAGGUGUUUUGGGUUGGUGGGUGCUCAGUCUUCCUGUAGAUAAACUGAGUGAGCAGUUGAGCUGAAUUUUGUGUUCAAUGGGUUUUCCCCCCCAUUUGGUAAGAUCUCAUUUUGGGGGUUUUCUGGAGAUCUACUUAUGGAAAGAGUAAUGGGUUUUGUAAGUAAUGAAACUAUGGAUGUUCACAACAUCAACCGAUCCUGUAAUGAAGGAUGUUUAGACAUCAUGCAGGAGGGGUUCUUUUGUGUAUAAUAAUACUACCAACUAAUAUGGUGAAGUCCAGCUUUUGUUGGCCAAAAAUUCUACCAACUUAACUUUAA